ACAAGAGGUUUACCAGUGUUUCUAAACUUCCUGCUGAGCUGAAAACUUCUUGCUUUGUGGAAAAGCUAAACUCAGUAGCAGACAUCUAAAAUGAAGAGCCCCGGAACUUUUGAGGAGCAAACGGAAUGCAUCAUCAACACUCUGCUCACAGACUUCUUGAACCCAGCAUUACAGGUUGCUAACCGGGACCUGUGCUGUCUAGAUGAACCAGACUCAGGAGAGGAUUGCUCUUUUGACGUGCCUAUCAUUGUUGGUCGCCUUCGGAUGUUGGGUGAUAAGUUCAAUGGCGAAUUGGAAGCUUCUGCCAAAAACGUCAUUAAAGAAACCAAUCAGGGAAAGGGAGGGGCUAUUCUCCAGGACACAGUGCAGUCUCUCAGCAAGACCUGGUGUGCUCAGGAUUCCAGUCUAGCUUAUGAGAGAGCCUUUCUGGCAGUGUCAGUGAAACUUCUUGAAUAUGUGGCCCACAAGGCUCCUGAAAUGGCAAGACAGGUGGCUAUCCCUAUGAUAGGUAUGAUCAACGGGAACAGAGCCAUCCGAGAGUUCAUCCAAGGCCAGGGAGGAUGGGAAAAUCUGCAGAGCUGAAGAAGUGGAGUUACUCCCCAGAUCAACCAUCACUUCCUCUUUGACUGAUCAGGAGACUGAUUUGUGACAAUUAAAACAG